UUCCGAUGUCCUUCUCCAGAGGGGUAGACUCGGGCUCUCCGGUCCCGGAGCUGAUCGAUGUCAACAGUAACCGGGCGCUGCGCUCGCUGGCCUGGACGGGCUCCCCGGCAGCCGGUCGCCGGGUGCCUGAGCUGCAAGAGCAACUCAAUGCAAUGAAGAGGCAACUGGCCGAGAAGGAGGAGUUAAUUGCUACCCUCACUACUGGGAGGAGUCGGAACCGACUGGAAGCUCACAAGGGGACAUUUGAACCUCUGGUGGAAAGUUCUGUGUCACGUGAACAGCUGAAUCACCAUCGGGUAGCGUCUGAGACGGCUCGCAGUGAGCUGGCCGCCUUGCAGCUCAAGUAUAAGAGCAGUCAAGCUGAGCUCACAGAUACUUGCAUGAAGCUUGCAUCCCGAGAGAGCUACAUCCAGGAACUAAAGGCAGAAAUCGAAAGCUGCAAGGCAGACAAUACAAGGCAAGCAUCUCUUAUUGGCUGCCUGAGGGAAAGGAUCCUGGAAUCCGAGGAGGAGGCUGGAGCGUUUCUUACAUCAAAGACUCAAUCUGAAAUAGCUCUGCAGGACUUACAGAAAGAGAACGGGGAUCUUCAACAGAGGAAUACAGAGCUGGAGAACAAACUCAGAAAAAUAUUAACGGAGCAGGAUGAGGUCAGGCUACAAGAUACCAGAAGAGUGAAGCAGUAUGAUGAAUUUUUGGUGAAGCUCACCCGUGCUGUAAAUAUGGAUUAUAGAGGAGCAGAACUGGAUUCCCUUGUAUCACAGAUUGGAGAGCUGUACCAGGAAAACUCCAGAAAAGGUUCCCAGAUUAUGAGCUUGGAGGAAAAUAUUCAUGCCCAUGACAUGGAAUCGAAAGCCAGCCGGGAAACUAUCAUGAGACUCGUAUCUGAGUUGGGGAGGGAGCAGAAAGCUGUUGCCUCUUAUGUGCAGGAACUGGAGACCCUUCGUAAGGAGUUAGACAACACCAGGGAUGAUAGACUGCAUGUCGAAAGAGGGAACAGGAUCUUGCAGGGCAGGCUGGAUGAAACCCAGCGAACUUGUGAAACUUUGAAGUUGGAGAUGGGAAGGUGGGAGCAACGUUCCAAGGAGCUGGAUGGAAGUUUGCUGACCAGCGUGUCUGAUGCCAAAGCAGUUAAAGGUCAUUUGGAGGCAUUCAAACAUCAGCUGGCCUCUCUGCUCAGCAGAACAAAUAUGAUGGUGCAGCCCACUGAGGAAGCUAUCCGGCAAAGAAUCUGUGAAAUUUGCAACAGUGAAGAAGAUAAGAGGAAGGCUGUAUCUCAACUGGAAGAGACCACCAGCAAGCUAACAGAGCAGCUGGACAAGCAAGUGGAGCUGCACCAAGCCGCACUGCAGCGUUCCGCCAAGGCAGAGCAAAGGCUCUCGGAGCUCCAGCAACGAGUUCAGUACCUGGAGGAAUGCACACUGGAUGGCGACGUGCUUUGUGAUGCUCUGAGCCAGGACAAGCAGAAAUAUCUGAAAUUUUUGGAGCAAAUCGCGGAGAAAAUGAAGCUGGAUCAGAUGACAUCAGAGAUUGGCUUUGAUAUGCAGCUAGACACAAUUCUUGCCCGGGCUGAUCAGCUGGUUAAAAUGGAGAGCGAAGCCAUUGUUGAAAACAAGACUCUGACAUACAGCCUGCGAAGAAAGCUUAAAGCACAGAAAGAGAAGUUAGAGAGCAAAGACCUGCACAUGGACCUGCUGAGGAAAAAAAUUACCCAGAUGGAUGCAGAGAAACAGACUCAAACUGCACUGGCAGUGGAGAGAGAUGAAGCCAACUUUACUGUGCGGAAACUGCAGAAAAAGGUGGAAAACCUGGAGAAGGAGCUGCACUCAGCUCAAUCCUACAGCAUGGCUCUGAAGGCAAAGCUGUCUGACACUCAUGAGCUCAAGAUUAAAACGCUGGAGCAAAACAAAACAAUUGAGGAGCUGAAUAAAUCUGUGAAGAAGCUGGAAAAGUUAAAACAGGAGGCCACAGCAAAGCUAAGCAGCACAAAGUCAGAGCUGGAUUUCACUGAGCUUGAGACAAAGGAGGAGAAGGAUCGAGCUCGGAACAUAUUGGAGGCUGUUAGCAGUGAGCUAAAGACUCUGAAACAAACCCUGGAAGCAGUGGCCAAACGAGAGAGACAGCUGGUGAACUUCAGAGAUGUUGUCUCACGGAUACUGGGCCUGGAUGUUAAAACUCUUGCACUUCCUGACUAUGAAAUAAUAAAAAGACUUGAAAGGCUGGCCCAAGCUCACCAUUCUUCAGCCAUGACUGCAUUGUGCCUCGAGAAUUCGAUGGAUAAGCUAAACCAGGGCUAUGCAGCGGGAUGCGAGGCGAGGCAACGGUUGGCCGCCAGCCUCAACCAUCCAGGCCCCAAGCCAAUAACAGCAUUGCCACCGAGAAGACUGAAGAGUGCCUCACCAUGA